GCCCCGCCUCUACGCCGACGAUUAGCCAAUGGGAGCGCGACACCCCGGACAUGUGACCAAUGGAAACUGAGGUGGGAGGGCCAUCGCGCUGAGCGGCCCAAGUCCGUGAGCUGCCCGGCCGCUGCUAUCCUGGGGGCGCGGACCCUGACGCAGGCAGACCAUGUGGACCCUGGUGAGCUGGGUGGCCUUAGUGGCAGGGCUGGUGGCUGGAACACAGUGCCCAGAUGGUCAGCUCUGCCCUGUGGCCUGCUGCCUGGGCCCAGGAGGAGCCAGCUAUAGCUGCUGCAAUCCCCUUCUGGACAAAUGGCCUGCAGUGCUGAGCAGGCGUCUGGGCAGACCCUGCCAGACAGAUGCCCAUUGCUCUCAUGGCUACUCCUGCCUCAGCACCAUCUCGGGGACCUCCAGCUGCUGCCCAUUCCCAGAGGCCGUGUCAUGUGGAGAUGGCCGCCACUGCUGCCCACAUGGCUUCCACUGCAGUGCUGAUGGGCGGUCCUGCUUCCGAAGAUCAGAUACCAGUUCCUUGGGUGCUGUCCAGUGCCCCGGUAGCCAGUUUGAAUGCCCCAACUCCUCCACGUGCUGCCCUAUGCUCGAUGGCUCCUGGGGAUGCUGUCCCAUGCCCCAGGCUUCUUGCUGUGAAGACAAGGUGCAUUGCUGCCCCCAUGGUACCUCCUGUGACCUGGCUCAUGCCCGCUGCCUCGCAGCCAUGGGCACCCACCCCCUGGCAAAGAAGAUCCCAGCACAAAGGACUAAUAGGGAAGUGGUCAUGUGCCCUGAUGCCCGGUCCCGGUGCCCUGAUGGUUCUACCUGCUGCGAGCUGCCCAGUGGGAAUUAUGGCUGCUGCCCAAUGCCCAAUGCCAUCUGCUGCUCCGACCACCUGCACUGCUGCCCCCAGGACACUGUGUGCGACCUGAUCCACAAUAAGUGCCUCUCCAAGGAGAAUGCUACAGACCUCCUCACCAAGUUGCCGGCACACACAGUGCAAGAGGUGAAGUGUGAUAUGGAGAUGAGCUGUCCAGACGGUUACACCUGCUGCCGCCUACAGUCAGGGGCCUGGGGCUGCUGCCCUUUUGCUCAGGCUGUGUGCUGUGAGGACCACAUACACUGCUGCCCGGCCGGGUUUAGGUGUGACACAGAGAAGGGUACCUGUGAACAGGGCACCCUCCAGGUGCCCUGGAUGGAGCAGGCCCCAGCCCACCUCAGCUUGCUGGACCCCCAAGCCAUGGAGAGUGAUGUCCCCUGUGAUAAUGUCACCAGCUGUCCCUCCUCCAAUACCUGCUGUCGACUCAUAUCUGGGGAGUGGGGCUGCUGUCCUGUACCAGAGGCUGUCUGCUGCUCUGACCACCAGCACUGCUGCCCCCAGGGCUACACGUGUGUGGCUGGGGGGCAGUGUCAGAGGGGGAACAAGAUGGUGACCGGACUGGAGAAGACACCUGCCCGCCGAGCUUCCCUGUCCCACCCCAGGGACAUGGGCUGUGACCAGUUCACCGGCUGCCCGGUGGGGCAGACCUGCUGCCCAAGCCUGAGUGGGCGCUGGGCCUGCUGCCAGUUGCCCCAUGCCGUUUGCUGUGAGGACCACCAGCACUGCUGCCCAGCUGGGUACACCUGCAAUGUGAAGGCCAGAUCCUGUGAGAAGGAGGUGGACUCUGCCCAGCCUGCUGCCCGCCUGCCUGUUGGCCCUCACGUGGGUGUAGGGGACGUGCAGUGUGGGGAAGGGCACUUCUGCCACGACAACCAGACCUGCUGCCGAGCUAGCCAAGGGGGCUGGGCCUGCUGUCCCUACAGCCAGGGCGUGUGUUGUGCGGAUCAGCGUCACUGCUGUCCUGUUGGCUUCCGCUGCGCGGCCAAGGGCACCAAGUGUCUGCGCAGGACAGCCCUGCGCUGGGACACUCCUGUGAGGGCUCCAGCCCCGAGACAGCUGCUGUGAGGGGGGACUGAGGACUGAAGAUACUGCAGCCCUCGGGACUCUGCUCAGAGGGUGCCCACUGCUCAGGCCUCCCCAGCACCUCUCCCCUACCAGAUUCUCCUGGACCCCUCCAUUCUGAGUCUCCCCUUCACUGUGGGAGGUGCGGCCUCAAUCUAAGGCCUUCCCUAUCAGAAGGGGGGCUGUGGUGAAAGCCACGUAACAAGCUGCCAUCACCUCCCCCAAUUUCUGUGGACCCUGUGGCCAGGUGCUCUCCCCUAUCCACAGGAGUGUGUGUGUGUGUGUAUGUAUGUGCUGCAAUAAAGUUUGUACACUUUC